AUGCUUUCUGAGUAACCCAAUGACUUGGAAGAGGCUGCUCUCCUUUGCCUUGCAAUGAUGGGCUGGGCUCCUAGGAAUUGCUUAUUACUCAGCAGACAGCUUUGGUGUGGUGGCUCUUUGGGAAGCUCAUCAUUUAUCUUGAAAAGGAGGGUGAUGUUCCUGGUUCUGAGACUGACAAGGAGGCCAAAAAGAAAAGGGAGGAAAAGCCCUCUAGUAGAAAUCUAGGUGGGAAUCCUGUGUAAAGAAAUAAGAGGAAGAAACUGAGAGGCUAAAAAACAACCAUGGCAUCAGAUGCUAGUCACAUGCUUGAGGCUGCCCUUGAGCAGAUGGAUGGGAUUAUUGCAGGUGGGAUCAGAGCUGAAGGAAGUCCAGACAGAGUGCGGUCAGAGGCGAAGAGGGAGAUCUCUCCCAGGAUGGGCAACAGCCAGCACAAAGCGCCAAGGAGGAGGAAUGUGCCAGGAACCAAAUCGGCUGCUGAACACAGCAAUGGUGCCUAUGAUGUUGGGCUGUCCUCCCAAUCCCCGUACAUGAACAUGCACCCAGUACUUCAUCUCAUUGAGGAUCUGAGGCUGUCACUAGAGAUGCUGGGGGAUCCAGUAGAAAAAGAAACCCUCCGGACUCAGAUCCCAGAGUCCACUGCAGCCUACGUAAAGGAGUGGCUUGAGGGAAAUCUGUCCCAGGUAAGCCACCCGGCUGCAGUCACGAAUGAAACCUAUCAGGAGCGCUUGGCCCGAUUAGAAGGCGACAAGGAAUCUCUCAUGUUACAGGUGAGUGUCCUGACUGACCAGGUGGAGGUCCAGGGUGAGAAGAUCCGGGACUUGGAAGUCUGCCUGGAAGAACACCAGGUGAAACUCAAUGCAGCUGAAGAGAUGCUCCAACAGGAGCUGCUGAGUCGCACAUCGCUCGAGGCCCAGAAGCUAGAACUGAUGGCAGAGGUGUCAGAGCUGAAGCUCCGGCAGGUCAACAUGGAGAGAGAGCAGAAGGAGCAGGAGGAGAAGAAGAGGAAAGUAGAGUUAGUAGUGAAUCUGAUCAAUGACCUACAGGAGCAGAUGUGUAGACUACAGCUGGAAAUCAGUAGCCAAAUUCAAGAGAGAAUGUUGCAGGACAGGGACCACAUGGAUGAAUAUAGCCCUCAGCAGAGCCCCCAGGCCAGCAGCCCCGAUCGCUUGCCUGAAUUGCUACAGGAACUCAAGCAUCUCAAAAUUAAGGUGGAAGAGCUGGAGAGUGAGCGAAAUCAGUAUGAAUGGAAGCUAAAGGCAACAAAGGCGGAGAUUGCCCAGCUGCAAGAGCAGUUGGCAUUGAAGGAUGCAGAAAUUGAGCGCCUCCACAGUCAGCUCUCCAGGACGGUGGCCUGUUCCGAAAGCACGGAAAGAGAGAGAGUUUGUAAGAGAAGGCUAAAGGAAAAAUAUCAAGAAGUUCAACGUCUAAAAAUAGGAAUGGAGACCUUGCUUGUUGCAAAUGAAGAAAAGGACCGCAGGAUAGAGGAGCUCACUCUGUUACUGAGCCAGUAUCAAAGAGUAAAGGAGAUCAUGCUGGGAGCCCAUGGGUCUUCAGAGAGAAUCCUUUCCAGUGGUGAAGAAGAGCUAGAAGGAUCUUUUAGGAAGUGGAAUGUGGUGAACAAAUCCCCAGGAGAAACAGUGAAGCUGGAGAUGGUUCCAAGAUGUACCUCCCCUACCUUGGGGGCUCCUCCCCUGCCUCAGAAAACUCUGGAAACAAGUGGAAGCAUCCUGGACCACAGCAAUGGUCAUAUUUCCCACUGUGAAGAGGAUUCUCUGGAAACCCAGAGCAGGACUCAGGAAAAACUGUCCAGUAGUCUAGAAGAUCUGCAAAAUAGUUCUGUGGAAAAGUAUGGAGACGAGAAACCACUCAUGCCUGUUGUAGGAUCCGAGGACACAUUUUUCCUAGGGGAAAACAAAUAUCAAACAUUACCAGGGAAGCUUCCUGGAACUACCCACAAUGGAGAACCUGUAACCUCGAUCCCAUCCACUUCUCAGACCUCAGGGAGCAGCCUGCCAAGCCUGACUCGUGCCCGGAGUGUCAGUGCACCGAUAUUAGGAGAAACUGAGAGCAAUUUGGAUACCACUGUCACGUCAAAUGACCUUUCACCCAUGUCUUCUGGAACUGACUCGGGGCCCCAGUCUCCACUAACUCCAGAAAUGAAACGGAGCCCUAAAGGCAUCAAGAAAUUCUGGGGAAAAAUAAGAAGAACUCAAUCAGGGAAUUUCAACACAGAUGCAAUAGGGAUAGCAGAAUUCCGUCGAGGUGGACUCCGAGCAACUGCAGGACCAAGGCUGUCCAGAACCAGAGACCCUAAAGCUCAAAAGAGUGAUUCCAAUGCUCCUUUUGCCCAGUGGAACACUGAGCAAGUGUGUUCAUGGCUGGAGGAUUUUGGUCUGGGUCAGUACGUGAUCUUUGCCAGGCAGUGGGUGAGCUCUGGCCACACACUAUUGACUGCAACCCCUCAGGACAUGGAAAAGGAGCUUGGAAUUAAGCACCCCCUGCACAGGAAAAAGUUGGUUUUGGCUGUGAAGUCAAUUAACACCAAACAGCAAGAAAAGUCUGCACAACUAGACCACAUCUGGGUAACCCGAUGGCUUGACGAUAUUGGCUUGCCUCAAUACAAAGACCAAUUUCAUGAAUCCAGAGUUGAUGGGCGGAUGCUUCAGUACCUUACUGUGAAUGACCUUCUCUUCUUAAAAGUCACCAGCCAGCUGCAUCAUCUCAGCAUUAAGUGUGCCAUCCAUGUGCUCCAUGUCAACAAAUUCAAUCCUCAUUGUCUGCACAGGAGACCUGCGGAUGAGAGCAAUGUUUCUCCUUCGGAAGUGGUGCAGUGGUCCAACCACCGAGUGAUGGAGUGGCUGAGGUCCGUGGACCUGGCCGAGUACGCCCCCAACCUUCGAGGAAGCGGCGUCCACGGUGGCCUCAUUAUCCUGGAGCCCCGCUUCAGUGGGGACACUCUCGCCAUGCUCCUGAACAUUCCUCCCCAGAAGACGCUCCUCCGACGCCAUCUAACCACCAAUUUCAAUGUCCUCAUCGGGCCCGUGGCCCAGCAAGAAAAGAGAGACAUCAUGGCGUCCACGGCCUAUACGCCAUUGACCACCACCGCCAAAGUCCGGCCAAAGAAACUAGGAUUUUCACAUUUUGGAAAUAUGAGGAAAAAGAAGUUUGAUGAAUCUACAGACUACAUAUGUCCCACGGAGCCCAGCGAAAGCGCAAAUGGCAAUCACAAGGCUUAUGGAGGCCACAGCCACCGAGGCCUCAGUCCCAGCCCUGGAGAGGACCUGGACAAACUGGAUCAGAUGGAGCCCUCGGAAGGGACGGUCCUGCAGAUAGGGGUCAUCUCCCGAGGCAUUCACAACCUCACGACUGGGCUGAACCAAGAUGGGCUCCUGAAAUGAAACUCAACUUCCAUCGCCAACGACCAGAAGACCAGAAUUGGCCAAUCACCAAAGGCAAGAGCGCUGCCGACAAAUGCCUCCGAGGACCGCCAAAAAGAGAUGUGGGGGGCGAGCUGAACAGAGAGUGAUCCUGCUAGAGUGAUGGAAUGAUGUCACCGUUUACUAACAAAGAGUCACUUUGGGAGCAGUGAUACAGAAGGCUUUGUGAUAAAUCAGAUACAAUUAGGUGCCUAAACAGGAGUCAAAAUGUUUCAAUUAAGUUUGCGGCAAUGUUUGCUAUUGACCAAAACCUUAAUAUAUUUGUAUUUUUGCAAUGGAA